AGUUUGGACCUUUUCGGCCACCGCUCGCAUCAAUAUGGCUGCCCCCAGGGAGAGACGGGGCUACCGUGAAGGAGCCGAGCGCAGACCCUGAGUCCCUCACCCAUGGAUCGCAGCGCGGAGUUCAGAAAAUGGAAGGCGCAAUGUUUGAGCAAAGCGGACCUCAGCCGGAAGGGCAGUGUGGACGAGGAUGUGGUAGAGCUUGUGCAGUUUCUGAACAUGCGAGAUCAGUUUUUCACCACCAGCUCCUGCGCUGGCCGCAUCCUACUCCUCGACGGGGGUUUAAAUGGUUUUGAGGUUCAGAAACAAAACUGUUGCUGGCUACUGGUUACGCACAAACUUUGUGUAAAAGAUGAUGUGAUUGUAGCUCUGAAGAAAGCAAAUGGUGAUGCCACUUUGAAAUUUGAACCAUUUGUUCUUCAUGUGCAGUGUCGACAAUUGCAGGACGCACAGAUUCUGCAUUCCGUGGCAAUAGAUUCAGGCUUCAGGAACUCUGGCAUAACGGUGGGAAAGAGAGGAAAAACUAUGUUGGCUGUCCGGAGUACACAUGGCUUAGAAGUUCCAUUAAGCCAUAAGGGAAAACUGAUGGUGACAGAGGAAUAUAUUGACUUCCUGUUAAAUGUGGCAAAUCAAAAAAUGGAGGAAAACAAGAAAAGAAUUGAGAGGUUUUACAACUGCCUACAGCAUGCUUUGGAAAGGGAAACUAUGACUAACUUACAUCCCAAGAUCAAAGAGAAAAAUAACGCAUCACAUACUCAUAAGAAAAAAAGAAACCCAGAAAAAGCACGUGCCCCGUGUAUUACUAAAGAAAAUGAUAAAGAACUUGAAAAUGAUGAUGAUGAUCUAGGAAUCAAUGUUACCAUCUUCCCUGAAGAUUACUAAGCUUUGGUUCUGAUGUGUCUUGGCCGUAAUGUUCCUAGUAGGUUUUAUAAAGCUGCUCUUUAUAAGAGUAUUUUAGUUCGUUGAGUGUAUCAGCCAUUCAUAAGGUAGUGAUGACAAGUGCAGAGCUUCAGACUAUAACUUUGUUGCCCAGAGGAUGUGCAGUCGUCAUCUAAGCUCUCAGCAGUACCCAGCUUAUCCUGUGACUUCAUCUGAAAUGCUAUAGUUAUCCCUACUUUUUUACCAGUUUCUCCCGGGAGCACCUGCUUAAUAAAUCAAAGAUGUUUGAAUGGUGUCUUAUUCUGAAAGAACCUGACCUAAGACAGGUAUUUAGAUUAUUUUGGAUACAUUUUGAAAAGGGAUAGCCUAAACAUUUUAAGUAAAAAGACCUUUAUUUUAAAUAAUAGUGGAUAUUUUAAUGCUGGAAAUUAGCAUUAUAGUUGAUAUGCCAGAAAUUAUAUCUUUGGUUGUGAUUUAAACUUAUGCUAUAAACUAAAUUAAUGAUGUAAAUACAUAGUUUUAAAAAUUCUUUUAGGGACAUGUAACAAUUUUUAAGUCUGACUUCUAUAAUACGUAUUGUUAUAGGAACAAAGAUUUGGGAAUAAUUGAUUACAGGUGAGGAAGUACUGGAAGUCCAAUUCAAGUAGAUACCAUUUCAUUUAGGUCUAAAAGGACAAGAUACAAGUUCACAUGAUGGGAAAAAUCAGAAAACCUCUCGCAGACAAAGGGUGUAUAAUGGAUAUGAGGCAUCAAAAAGCAUGGUAUAGUCAGUGAUGGGGAAUAGUCCAGAAAGGCUGAAACACAGCAUGUGAUGCACGUCAAGGUAGUUGAUGCCCAACUGUGAAGGGCCGUUACAAUCUAGCAUGGAGGUAGACAGUGUUUCCUUAAUAUGGCUGCAUAUCAGAAUUACCUAGGUCAAGACGAGGCAUGGAGAUGCUGCUUUAAUAGGCCCUGCUCCAGAUCUUCCAAACCAGAAUCUUAAUCCUGGAGUCUAGGAAUCUUUAUUUUUCAUACAACUCAUCCAAGUGGUUCUGAUAAAAUCAGCCCAGCACUUUUAGAACCCGCUGAUAACAGACUUAUUCCUGAAGACAUCAUUUGAGGAGGAAUUGAAGAUUUU